CGAAAAAAAAAAAACGGGACGCAAUUUGAUUAGCACCCUAACGAACGGCAUAGUUGGAACUAUAGUCAAACGUGGCCACUUCUCUCUGCUCAUGACCGCUCUUCUAAACAAAUGAAAUGAGCGCCAUUACUUGCUAUCAUAGGGCCCCAACACAAAGCACCAUGAAUCGUCACUGUAAAACCACUGCAACCGUAAUUAGAAGCGUAAAUGAGUUGGCUAUAAUCCCGCGUCUUCGCGGCUUAUCACGCUCACUUCUCUCUUCUAACGUCUGCACCAACGCCAUCAUGAACAAGGACGCUGUUGAUUCCCAUCAGCUCGAAGCCUUAUUCCAGCAAAAACGGCUUCUCAGGUCCAAGAUUCGUAAAGACCUCAAAAACAUGGACCCAAUUCAAAGAUCUCAAGAAGAUAAUGUGAUUCAGAACAUUGUUAUAGAAUCUUCAUGGUUCAAAGAUAGCAGGAAUUUAUGCGCUUAUAUUAGCUGUGCGGCUUUGCGAGAAGUGGAUACUUCAAGAAUUGUCUCAGAGAUUCUGUCCAACCCAAUCAAUGCGGGUAGUUCACAGUUGAGGAAAAAGCUUUAUGUUCCACGUGUGGAGGACAAGAACAGCAACAUGAAAAUGCUCAAGAUAUCCAGUGUUAAUGACCUCAUAGCAAACUCAAUGAACAUUUUGGAGCCACCCUUAACAGAUGCUGAUGGAAAUCAAUGUGAAGAUGUUAUGCAGGCAAGAGAGCCACUGGACUUGGUUAUUUUACCAGGGCUUGCAUUUGACAAAUCUGGAGGGCGUUUGGGUCGUAGUGGGGGUUACUAUGAUGUCUUCCUGAAGAAAUAUCAAAAGCUUGCACAGGAGAGGAAGUGGAAGCUGCCCCUACUUGUUGCGUUAUCAUAUUCUGUACAGAUAAUGGAGGAAGGAUCCAUACCUGUCACUCCUGGUGAUGUUCCAGUGGAUGCUCUUGUAUCACCAAGUGGUUUCAUUCCCACAAGCCCAAUUGCUUUAGAGAGUUGUGGUCUGAUAAGAAAUUAGCUAGUCUUGCCUUAAGCUUUCUGAAACGCAAAUCGGCUAUCCAGCAAAGAAGCAAAUGAAGAUAUUGACCUUGGUAUAUUGUAUUGUUGCAUGAUGAAAAGAAACAAUGUUCAGGACAUUUUUUGUUAUCUUUAAAAGAAAUUGGAAACUUGAUAGUUUCAAAUCAUAUCAGGUAGUAAUGGAGUUGGGAAGAAUUUGUAUCAGUGCUUCACAUGUAUUAUACUCCUGUCACUGUAUUAUACUCCUCUGUCCGCAACACAGUCGCAAUUUUAUUAGUAAAUUAUUUUUUUUCUUGAAGGAUAA